CUCAUCCGCCAAUCAAUUUAAUAUAAAAGUAUCUAAACCAGUUUCAGUUAAGAGUGAAACUUUCGUGUGUUUGCAACUAAAACGCGGUCGAUCUUCCAAAAAAGAUACAAAUUCCAUAUCAAGUAAAGAUGCCACAAAGACUUUCUCGGGACCAAUUAAGUGAAAAGGAUCAAAAAGUGCUCGAUUCAAUUUUCAACCCUUUGCAAAUUGGGGGCAAUGCGCACGAAGUGUAUGAUAUUAAGAGUGAGGAGUUAGUGGACCCUCCGGAGGAGCAAACUGAAGAAGUGAAGGAGUCGGCAAGGCUGGAAUUGGAAGCGGUGGAGCUGGCGGAAAAGGGUGAUACCGAGAAUGCAUUGAGAUUGUUCCAGCAGGCAAUCGAUGUGUGCCCCCGAAGGGCAACACUAUAUAAUAAUCGCGCCCAGACCUACCGCCUCAUGGGCAAUGACCAUGCUGCCCUUGAAGAUCUUGAAAAAGCACUCCAACUAUCUGGAGGAAUAGGACGAACUGGAUGCCAAGCUCUUUGUCAGCGUGGAGUUCUUCAUAGAAAACUAGAGGAUCUGGACGCUGCCCGUCAUGAUUUCGAAGCAGCAGCUAAGUUGGGAAGUAAAUUUGCUCGUGAUCAAAUAUGUAACCAACGAUUGAUCCAUGCCGAAUGUUGUGCAUUUCAUAUGGCUAAUCGAAAUUAAUCCGUAUGCUGCACUCUGCAAUCAGAUGCUUCAUGAUGCAUUCCUGAAGAUGGCCCAAAAUUGAUCAUAUCAGGACAUUUGAGAUGCAUGUUAAUCCUUCAACAUUUUUUAUUUUCUAAUGGAUAUAUUUGUGUAAAUAAAUCGUUUUCUUUUAUAGAUCGUUGUAGAAAUUUCAAUAAAAGUACCCUUUUAUUCCUUGA